AUGUUCAGACAUGUGAAGGAACUGGCUGAGCCCAGGCAUGCAGGUCUUGUGUAUAACUUCACAAACGACAGUGGUGUCAGCGAAUUUGAGCUGUGCGGCAUAGGGUACCAUGCUGGUUCCCUCUUCUCCACUCCGAAAUAUCGGCUCAUUAAAUACCUUACGAAUGAAACAUUGAAAAACGAGGUGAAGGUGCGAAAUGUCUCCGUUCCUGAACUCCAACUCUACACUCAUCUGUACCUGGCUUAUUCGGACCUAAGUCAGGAUUUUUCUACGGUUGUCAAGUCAUCUAAAGACCGCGAAUCCAAGAUACUUGGGGCCAACUUGGUGACGAGUUUGCACUCUCUGGAGAGCAUGUAUGCUCCAAGACAUCUCUAUGACGUCGUCGAGUUUGUACGCACAUGCUACAGAAGUGCGUUGAAGCCAAGGCUCGACUUGAAGCCAAGGCUCGACUUGAAGCCAAGUGGCUUGGCAACUGCGAAUAGGCAAAUGCAGCAGCGCCGUGCCUGGAUUUCGAUCAUGAGGACAGCCACCUGCCCAGAGAUGAAUAUGUUUAUCAUCAAGAAGACAACAUUCGACUUUCAAUUCAAAGCGAGCAUCGGUGACGAAACCUUCUUGGGGCAGCUGGGAUACGAGUUGGUCGCCUGCGGAGGAGGCGGCAAUUCAACCAACCCUUGUGACUGGGCCAAAGUCGGUUUGCCGCCGGAGGCUGCAGCCGACCAGUGCCUCUAUCGCCUGACACUAUCAAAGAGACUGAAGGCUGCUCACUGA